CUCCUCCUUCUACAAAGUUACAAUGUACAGUCUGAUCGCUGGGGGAGGAGAACUGAAGAUUAUGUCAAUUGGGGGUCAGACCAUGGGCAGUGGGAGUAAGAAAUGUCCUGGCAUCAAUAGGAGGAGUAAAAAUGUCCCAUCAUUGGUGUCAGUGGGAGGAAUAGUGUCCCAUCAUUGGUAUCAGUGGGAGGAAUAGUGCCCAUCAUCAUUGUGGUGUCAGUGGGAGGAAUAGUGCCCCGUCGUUGGUGUCAGUGGGGGAGGAAUAGUGCCCGUCGUUGGUGUCAGUGGGAGGAAUAGUGUCCCAUCAUUGGUAUCAGUGGGAGGAAUAGUGCCCCAUCAUUGGUGUCAGUGGGAGGAAUAGUGUCCCAUCAUUGGUGUCAGUGGGAGGAAUAG